AUGCUCAACAAAGUAUUAAGCAGUUGCUUAUGUUUGAUAUACUUAAUUCAGCCAAUUCGUUCAUUUUACAUUCCCGGCGUUGCUCCGCUUGAUUUUGAGAAAGGCGACAAUGUUGAUGUGAAAGCAGUUAAAAUGACGAGCUCAAAGACUCAACUACCCUAUGAUUAUUAUGAAUUACCCAUUCAUUGUAAACCGUCUGACGGUGUUCAAUAUAAAUCAGAAAAUCUCGGCGAAGUUCUCCGCGGUGAUCGAAUUGUGAAUACAAAUUUUCGAGUGGAAAUGGAUGUCAAUGUUCCUUGUCGAAUCCUUUGUAAAGAUAUAGUCUUAACCAAAGAACAAAGUGCAAUAGUAUCGAAACGUAUCGAACAGAAAUACUAUGUUCAUUUACUUGUUGAUAAUCUACCAAGUGCUACGAAACUUCAAAAUGUCGAGACUCAAGAAACUUUAUAUGAACAUGGCUAUCGCUUAGGAGUACGCACGAAAGAUUCCAACGAUGUCUUUUUGAAUAAUCAUUUGAUUUUAAGAUUACAUUAUCAUAAAGAAUCCGAAAAUGGAUAUCGUGUUGUUGGUUUUGAAGUAGAACCAAAAAGUAUCAGCCACAGUCGGAUCAAAAUUGACGAUGAAGUCUCAUGUACAAUAGAAUCAGGAGUUGAUACCAUGAAAAUCAAUGCAGAACAGGAAACAAAAGUUACAACAACAUAUGAAGUCGAAUGGGUACCAAGUGAUACACGUUGGGCCAGUCGCUGGGAUACGUAUUUGGCAAUGUCUGAUGUUCAGAUCCAUUGGUUUUCUAUCAUCAAUUCAGUUAUUGUCAUCUUUUUUCUUGCUGGUAUCGUUGCAAUGAUUAUUGUUAAAACCCUUCGACGAGAUAUUGCACGAUAUAACCAAGAAGAUUUGGAUGAAGGUAUCGAAGAAACUGGAUGGAAAUUAGUUCAUGGUGAUGUUUUUCGUCCACCGAUGGCUAAGAAUUUUCUUUCAGCUCUUAUCGGGUCAGGUAUUCAGUUGUUGCUGAUGCUGUUUAUUGUCAUUGUUUUCGCCGCACUUGGAAUGCUUUCACCGUCAUCGCGUGGUGCUUUAAUUACAGCUGCUUGUUUUCUCUACGUCUUUAUGGGGUUGAUUGCCGGAUACUUUUCUGGUCGAAUUUAUAAAACAAUGAGAGGUACAAAUUGGAAGCGAACUGCGAUUUUAACCGCUACACUCUAUCCAUCGGUUGUUUGUGGUGUUGGUCUAUUUUUGAAUUUCUUCAUUUGGGGCAAACGUUCAUCAGGUGCUGUACCAUUCACAACCAUGCUUGCCAUCUUAUCUAUGUGGCUAGGAAUUUCUUUUCCACUCGUCUAUAUUGGCUUCUAUUUUGCCUAUCGUCAAUUACCGUAUGAACAUCCGGUACGAACCAAUCAAAUUCCAAAACAAAUACCUGAGCAACAGUGGUAUAUGCAUCCAGUCAUCAGUACACUCAUCGCUGGCGUACUUCCGUUUGGUGCAAUGUUCAUUGAAUUGUUCUUUAUUUUUACGGCGAUAUGGGAAAAUCAGUACUAUUAUUUAUUCGGUUUUCUAUUUCUUGUAUUUAUCAUUAUCAUCAUUGCCUGUUCACAAAUCUCUAUUGUCAUAACAUAUUUUCAAUUAUGUGGAGAAGACUAUCAUUGGUGGUGGCGAUCAUUCAUCGCCUCAGGGGGUUGUGCAUUCUACAUCUUUGCUUAUUCAAUCUUUUACUUCUAUUCCAAACUUGAUAUAACUGAAUUCGUUCCAAUUCUACUCUAUUUCGGUUACACAUUAGUUAUCUGUUUUACUUUCUGGAUUCUCACUGGUACAAUCGGCUUUAUUGCUUCGUAUACAUUUGUUGUUCAAAUAUAUUCCGCUGUGAAAAUCGAUUAA